CCCUCCCCAAAGCUCCACGUGUCCUUCUUCAACCCACCUCCCGCCAUCUCUCUCUCUCUAUCGGCUUUAAUGGCUCUCUCCUCACACUUCGUUUCCAUUUCCAACCCUCCAUCUCUCUCUCCAAUAAUCUUCACAAGAAACCCAAAACCCUUCAAUUUUCCCGCCAAAAAUUUCGAAUGUUCCGGUGACCGGAGGCUCCUCAAAUCCGGCACAGUCAGAGCCAAGCCUAGAGAACUCAUCCUCGUCAACCCAUCGGUCACAGUUGAGAAGGGCAAGUACAGCUACGAUGUCGAAACCCUAAUCAACAAGCUCUCGAGCUUGCCUCCGCGAGGAAGCAUUGCGCGGUGCCUCGACGCCUUCAAGAACAAGCUCAGCCUCACUGACUUCGCUUUCGUCUUCAAGGAAUUCGCGGCUCGCGGCGAUUGGCAGCGAUCGCUGCGCCUCUUCAAGUAUAUGCAGCGUCAAAUCUGGUGCAAACCCAACGAACACAUCUACACCAUCAUGAUCGGAUUGUUGGGUCGAGAGGGUUUGCUGGAGAAAUGCUCCGAGGUGUUUGACGAAAUGCCGAGCCAAGGUGUUUCCCGUAGUGUCUUCUCAUUUACCGCCACAAUCAACGCUUACGGACGGAAUGGCCAGUACGAAACUUCCCUAGAACUUCUGGAGAAGAUGAAAAAGGAGAGAGUUUCGCCGAGCAUUUUGACUUACAAUACAGUGAUCAAUGCUUGCGUAAGAGGUGGGUAUGAUUGGGAAGGCUUAUUAGGUUUGUUUGCCGAAAUGCGGCACGAGGCGAUACAACCUGACUUGAUUACUUACAAUACUCUGCUCAGUGCAUGUGUUAGUAGAGGUUUAGCUGAUGAAGCAGAGAGGGUAUUUAGGACAAUGAAUGAGGGUGGUCUUUUGCCUGAUAUUACUACCUAUAGUUAUUUAGUUGAGACAUUUGGGAGAUUGGGUAAGCUAGAGAGGGUUUCGGAGCUUCUAAGGGAUAUGGAGAUUGGCGGGAAUUUGCCGGAGAUAUCUUCUUAUAAUUUGUUAUUAGAGGCUUAUGCACAUUUGGGUUCUAUUAAAGAGGCAAUGGGUGUGUUUAGACAAAUGCAAGAAGCUGGGUCGAUGCCAAAUGCGGCAACUUAUAGUAUUUUAUUGGAUUUGUAUGGGAAGCAUGGGAGGUAUGAUGAUGUUCGUGAACUUUUUCUAGAGAUGAAAGUGAGCAAUACAGAGCCAGAUGCCGCUACUUACAAUAUUCUUAUACAGGUUUUUGGGCAAGGUGGGUAUUUUAAGGAGGUAGUGACUUUGUUCCAUGAUAUGGUGGAGGAGAGCAUUGAACCAAAUAUGGAGACUUAUGAGGGGUUGAUAUUUGCUUGUGGGAAGGGAGGGCUUCACAAGGAUGCGAAGGAAAUUUUACUUCACAUGAAUGAGAAGGGGUUAGUGCCAAGUUCAAAGGCUUAUACUGGGGUUAUCGAAGCGUAUGGGCAGGCUGCGAUGUAUGAGGAUGCUGUUGUUGCCUUGAACACAAUGAAUGAGGUGGGAAGCAAGCCAACUGUAGAAACUUUCAACUCUUUGAUUCAGACAUUUGCAAGAGGCGGACUUUACAAGGAGUCUGAAGCAAUAUUGCGGAGAAUGAGUGACUGUGGUAUUGCGCAGAACAUAGAUUCAUUUAAUGGCAUCAUUGAAGGAUGUAGACAGGGGGGGCGAUUUGAAGAAGCUAUAAAGGCUUACGUUGAGAUGGAAAAUGGGAGAUGUGAUCCCAGUGAGAGAACCCUCGAGGCAGUGUUGAGUGUGUACUGUUUUGCAGGUCUUGUUGAUGAGAGUGAGGAGCAGUUUCGGGAAAUUAAAGCAUUGGGCAUAUUGCCCAGUGUCAUGUGCUACUGUAUGAUGCUGGCAGUUUAUGCAAAGUGUGAGAGGUGGGAUGAUGCCUAUGAAUUGCUGGAUGAGAUGUUCACAAACAGGGCAUCCAAUAUUCAUCAAGUGAUUGGGCAGAUGAUCAAGGGAAAUUAUGAUGAUGAGUCGAACUGGCAGAUGGUGGAGUAUGUGUUUGACAAACUUAAUUCUGAAGGCUGUGGUUUGGGGAUAAGGUUCUACAACACACUUCUAGAAGCACUCUGGUGUCUGGGGCAGAAGGAACGGGCUGCCAGAGUUCUCAAUGAAGCAACAAAGCGGGGACUUUUUCCCGAGUUGUUUCGUACGAACAAACUUGUGUGGUCUGUGGAUGUACACAGGAUGUGGGCAGGUGGUGCUUGCACAGCAAUAUCUGUUUGGUUCAAUAACAUGUAUGAAAUGUUCAAAAAUGGGGAGAAUCUUCCUCAAUUGGCAACUGUUGCUGUAGUACGGGGGCAAAUGGAGAAGAGCUCAAUAACACGAGAUUUCCCUGUUGCAAGUGCUACCUAUUCUUUUCUGAUAGAUAAUGUUUCGUCAUCCUUUCGCUUCCCUGGUUGGAACAAGGGGCGAAUUAUCUGUCAGCGGUCUCAGCUUAAAAGGUUUUUGUCUGAUACAGAGCCGUCUUCAGAUGGGUCCAAAAAGGACAAGUUAAUAACUUUAAGCAACACUCCCUUUCCCCUUCUGGGGAUGAGAACAACCACAGCUGAUGUCAUGAGAGACCAACAUGGGAAUGCUGAUACCAAAACAAGCAUUAAAAUGACAACAGAGCUUUUGACAAGCACGGUAUAAUAGAUGAAACAAAAGUAUAGAUCACCUUUCAGGGAUGGUUGUUCUGGCUUAAGAGAUCACAGCAAUUUAAUCGAAAUGAAAAGAGGAUUUGAGGAUUUCAUUCAGAUAUAUUAUAAUGUUUCCUCUUGGUGAAGAAUGAAUUUAUUUUGGUACCCGUUAGAAAAUAGCCGAACAGUGGAUACAUGCUGUCGCAGCAGUUGCGGACUGGUUUGAUUGAAGCCAAUUUUUCUCUGUGGCUUUACCUGAAGAGAAUUGAGCAGAGGUGCUUUGGUGACCACUGGUGUUAUAGGUCAAGGCUGUCAAGUGCUACCUCGUUGAUCUCUCCACCUUGACGUCAGCCAUCAUGUAACAGGUACUUUGAUAUAAAUAAUUAACUGAAGAAAAAUAGACAUAUGAAGAUUCCUGACGGUGAUUUGUCUUGCAAAACACUUGUUAAGUGGUUGCUUUGGCCAUCUGAAGUAAUUAUGUAAUCCAAGUUCCUGAAAGCAAUGUAGAAUUCUAAAGUCUCUCCCAAUACAAUAUUCCCUCUGAGAACUGGUUGACAUUA